CGGCUGGCGGGGUGAGGAAGCGUGGAGCUUCCGGGCGCCCGCGCUCUUCCGGUGCCGGCGGAGGCUAUGGCGGCCGGCGGCAGCGACCCGCGGACGGCGGACGUGGAGGAGGACGCCUCACAGCUCGUCUUCCCUAAAGAGUUUGAAACUGCGGAAACCCUUCUGAAUUCAGAAGUGCAUAUGCUUCUCGAGCAUCGUAAGCAACAGAACGAGAGUGCAGAAGAUGAGCAGGAGCUCUCAGAAGUCUUCAUGAAAACCUUGAACUACACAGCACGCUUCAGCCGCUUUAAAAACCGUGAAACCAUUGCCAGUGUCCGUAGUUUGCUGCUCCAGAAAAAGCUCCACAAGUUUGAACUGGCAUGUUUGGCUAACUUGUGUCCUGAGACAGCUGAGGAAGCAAAAGCCUUGAUUCCUAGCCUAGAGGGCAGAUUUGAAGAUGAGGAAUUACAGCAGAUUCUUGACGACAUUCAGACAAAACGCAGCUUCCAGUAUUAAGAUUAACCCUCAACCCUUUUAUCGGCACAGAAAAGACUAGAACCUUCGACUGCUUCUUAGCCCUCUGGUUCAAUCCAGCUCCUUGGCUGAGUGAGAGGAGUUGUGGGUCUGGGGUACUCCAGUGCUGUGCCACUCACAGGUGCACUCAGGCUGGAGAUCAGUGUAGUCCUUUCAGUUUGUUCCAUGUUGGUAAAGAUGCCUGUAUUGUGAGAGCCAAAGAACCUGAAAAGGCUUUUUUUUCCCCCAGUGGCUCAAGUAUUUGUUUUUUUGAAAUCCCUCUCACCGUUUUGGAAAUGAUCAACCUUUCUGUUUGCUCGUUUGAAUUUUGUUUGUUUGGUUUUGUUUUAGCAGAAAUACAGAUGUGACCUUUUAGUUUCGUGAACUUCUACAAGAGAUAGAGAACAUUGCUCUUGGCUCUCAGAAGGUUUAAUGGUGGUUGGCAUGAUGUUUCUGUGGUGGGGUUUUAUUGUUUGAUCAAGACAGUGGAUUUUUACAGCUUAAAUAAUUUUCUAUUGUUUAAUGUAAAUUAAAAUAUAUUUCUAAUUAA